AUGGCUCCACAGACUGGCUCCACUGAAAAGGGGACGCAACCUGUUUCAGCCUUUCUACAGCAUUUCACUUGGGAAGAAAUCAGAAGCCACAACGGCCGCGGUCAAAGUCAGGAGCAAUGGCUGGUGAUUGACAGGAAGGUUUAUGAUGUCAGCAAGUUUUCCAAACACCACCCUGGAGGCAGCCGAGUUAUUAGCCACUAUGCUGGCCAAGAUGCUACGGAUGCCUUUGUAGCAUUUCACAAUGAUAAGACUCUGGUGAAAAAAUACUUGAAAUCUCUGCUGAUUGGGGAGUUGGCGCCAGAUCAACCCAGCUUUGAGUCUAAUAAAAAAAAAUCACUUUUAGAGGAUUUCCGUGAGCUGCGCUGCACCAUUGAGAAGAUGGGACUUCUGAGGCCAAAUUACGUCUUUUUCUUCCUGAUUUUCCUUCACUUUGUGGUACUGGAUGCUGCAUCCUGGCUCACGGUCUGGUACUUUGGGAUAUCCUUCGUGCCUUUCCUGGCUGGCAUGGUGUUCUUCACCAUUGCUCAGAUCCAGAUGGGCUGGUUCCAGCACGAUCUGGGUCACUGCUCUGUCUUCAGGAAGCCUAAAUGGAAUCGACUUCUGCAGAUUGUUGUGAUAAAUGUUCUGAAGGGAUUACCAGCCAGCUGGUGGAAUCACCUGCACAACCAGCACCACGCCAAACCCAACUGCUUCCGCAAAGACCCUGACCUCAACAUGCACCCUCUCCUGUUCAGCUUGGGAAAGCCGCUCUCCGUGGAGCUUGGAAAAAAGAAGAAGAAGUUCAUGCCUUACAAUUACCAGCAUAAGUAUUUCAUCUUUUUGGCACCACUUGCAAUUAUACCCUUCUUCCAGCUGUCUAUAUUCUACUAUGCAAUCAAGAGGAAAAAGUGGUUGGACCUGUUCUUGAUUGUAGCUUUCAACAUCCGAGUCUGUCUCAUGUAUAUUCCUUUAAUGGGAUUUAACAAUUUCAUGGUAUACUACUGGCUGUCCAGGUACCUAGAGAGUAACUGGUUUAUUUGGGUGACGCAAAUGAAUCACAUUCCAAUGGACAUUGAUUAUGAUAAGAACAAAGACUGGGUAUCUACGCAGCUCCAUGCAACAUGCAAUGUGAACCAAUCUUUGUUCAAUGACUGGUUCACUGGGCACUUGAACUUCCAAAUUGAGCACCACCUUUUCCCCACAAUGCCUCGACACAACUACUGGAAAGCAGCUCCUCUGGUGAAAGCCCUUUGUGACAAGCAUGGCAUUGAGUAUAAAAGCAAGACUUUGCUGACAGCCUUUGUAGAUAUUUUGCAUUCACUGAAGGAUUCUGGGGAGCACUGGCUUGAAGCAUAUCUGCAUGGAUAGAAACCGGCAAUGCUCAA